CCGACAAGAAUUUAUGAAGUGUCUAGAGUAUAAGUCGGUAGCGCUUUGAAAUUCACCCAGGUAUUCAGAAACUGGGUAGAAAACUACCUGGUUCAGCAAACGAGAAUUCAAACAGAGGAGGGGCUUGGAGGAGGCGGGUCUCCACGAACUCAUCGCAAGAGUACGCCACAGCGCCUGCGCAUCCCCUGACGGGUACUUUCCAUUCUUCAGAUGGGGGAAGCCAGUGGGAAGCAGGCUAUCGUUUUUGCAUUUCUAUCUUCAAGGAAGAAUUAGAUUUUGAACAGUUCCGUAAACAGUCAGGAAACGUUAUCCUCCAAGUUCAAGAUUAAGGAAACGUGGCAUGCUCGGCUAAAGCAAGAGGUGACGUCUUGAAUCUUCCCCCAUUUCCUGGGAGAUUGGUGGUGUAGCCCAUUCCACAGACUUUCGCUCCCUAGCAGCGAGUCGGCGAUCGAAGGAACGGGCCAAUUGCGGCUGAAACGUCUUUGGAAGGAGGAAGGGGGUGAGGGAGCAUCCCUUUGAGUUUCGCCUCUUCUGGAGGCGGUGGUGGGGAAGGGAGACAUACUUAAUACUGCUCUCUUAAUCCAACGGGUCAUACAUCUUGUAGACUGCCCGGAGGGCGGCGGGAAAAGGACAAGACGAGAGUUGGGGAAGGGAAGGAGCCAGGAAGCCGCGCGGGAGGGCGCGCGCGCGCGCGCCCCUUUUUCAGCAGUGUGGCGGGGUCGCACGCACGCCCGCCUCGGCGGCUGGGCGCGAUUUGCGACAGUGGGGGGGGGCGGUGGAGGUGGCGGCGGCAGCGGCAACUUUGCGGCAAGCUCGGGCCGGGCUUGCUUGACGGCGGUGUGGCGGAGGCCCCGCCCCAGGCGGCAGGAACCUGGAGGGAGGCGGAGGAAUAUGUCCGAGAGGGAAGUGUCGACUGCGCCGGCGGGAACAGACAUGCCUGCGGCCAAGAAGCAGAAGCUGAGCAGUGACGAGAACAGCAAUCCAGACCUUUCUGGAGACGAGAAUGAUGACGCUGUCAGUAUAGAAAGCGGUACAAACACUGAACGCCCUGAUACACCUACAAACACGCCAAAUGCACCUGGAAGGAAAAGUUGGGGAAAGGGAAAAUGGAAGUCAAAGAAAUGCAAAUAUUCUUUCAAAUGUGUAAAUAGUCUCAAGGAAGAUCAUAACCAACCAUUGUUUGGAGUUCAGUUUAACUGGCACAGUAAAGAAGGAGAUCCAUUAGUGUUUGCCACUGUAGGAAGCAACAGAGUUACCUUGUAUGAAUGUCAUUCACAAGGAGAAAUCCGGUUGUUGCAAUCUUACGUGGAUGCUGAUGCUGAUGAAAACUUCUACACUUGUGCAUGGACCUAUGAUAGCAAUACAAGCCAUCCUCUACUGGCUGUAGCUGGAUCUAGAGGCAUAAUUAGGAUAAUUAAUCCUAUAACAAUGCAGUGUAUAAAGCACUAUGUUGGCCAUGGAAAUGCUAUCAAUGAGCUGAAAUUCCACCCAAGAGAUCCAAAUCUUCUCCUGUCAGUAAGUAAAGAUCAUGCUUUACGAUUAUGGAAUAUCCAAACGGACACUCUGGUGGCAAUAUUUGGAGGCGUAGAAGGGCACAGAGAUGAAGUUCUAAGUGCUGAUUAUGAUCUUUUGGGUGAAAAAAUAAUGUCUUGUGGUAUGGAUCACUCUCUUAAACUUUGGAGGAUCAAUUCAAAGAGAAUGAUGAAUGCAAUUAAGGAAUCUUAUGAUUAUAAUCCAAAUAAAACUAACAGGCCAUUUAUUUCUCAGAAAAUCCAUUUUCCUGAUUUUUCUACCAGAGACAUACAUAGGAAUUAUGUUGAUUGUGUGCGAUGGUUAGGCGAUUUGAUACUUUCUAAGAGUGGCCGUGCCAUUUUACAUUCCCACCAGCAAUGUAUGAGAGAUCCAGUGUCUCCGAAUCUUCGCCAGCAUUUGUCUUGUGAAAAUGCCAUUGUGUGCUGGAAACCUGGAAAGAUGGAAGAUGAUAUAGAUAAAAUUAAACCCAGUGAGUCUAAUGUGACUAUUCUUGGGCGAUUUGAUUACAGCCAGUGUGACAUUUGGUACAUGAGGUUUUCUAUGGAUUUCUGGCAAAAGAUGCUUGCAUUGGGCAAUCAAGUUGGCAAACUUUAUGUUUGGGAUUUAGAAGUAGAAGAUCCUCAUAAAGCUAAAUGUACAACACUGACUCAUCAUAAAUGUGGUGCUGCUAUUCGACAAACCAGUUUUAGCAGGGAUAGCAGCAUUCUUAUAGCUGUUUGUGAUGAUGCCAGUAUUUGGCGCUGGGAUCGACUUCGAUAAAAUACUUUUGCCUAAUCAAAAUUAGAGUGUGUUUGUUGUCUGUGUAAAAUAGAAUUAAUGUAUCUUGUUAGUAAGGACAUGUAGAGCCUUUAGAGUUGUCUUUCAGCAUUCAAUCAGGCUGAGCUGAAUGUAGUGAUGUUUACAUUGUUUACAUUCUUUGUACUGUCUUCCUGCUCAGACUCUACUGCUUUUAAUAAAAAUUUAUUUUUGUAAA